AUGUCCCACACGAAAAAUAUGUCCAAAGUCGUCAAGCGGGGGAUUAACGGUGCGAACAAAAGACGUUACCACUGUGUCUUGUGUUCGCACCCAUACGUCCGGAACAAUGACAUUCAAAAGAACGUGAACCCUAAAUACAAUUACCUUUGUAACACGUGUUUGACGGCUGCCGUCCAAAUGAUCAAAGGAAAACCCAAAUCGAACAACAAUCAUCGAUGCACCGUGUGCUUCUACACUUUUAGUCGAAGCUGCGAUCUUGAGCGCCACAUGAGCUCCAAGCACACCCAUCUCUGCACGUCGUGCUCGCUAAUUUUCACAACGAGAGCUGAUCUUACGAGUCACAUGAACUCACAGCACAUCCAUUCCUGCACCAGGUGCUCGAAAAAUUUCGAGACAAUCGGCGAUCUUACCAAGCACAUGGACUUCCAGCAUAUGUUUGGUGACUUUGCAAGGAACAUUCGAAAGCGUCUGUUUUCAAAAGGUUUUUAG